AACAUACGGGUUCUGUAAUGUUGUUUUAACCCGUUAUUGUUAGGAAAGAUUGUCUUCUAAAUUAUUUACAUAUUACUUACCUAGUAUUUAACACGCAAUAAACCUUGGAGUCACAUCCGUGGGUGACGAACAAAGGGAAAAGGAACUCGAGUGAGGUGAGACACAAAUGUAAAUAUUGCAAACGAACCUGACAAAAAUAUGUUAUUGUGUACCAAUUUCGUGACAGCUUCGUCAAGUUGUGUUGGGAAAAGUUAACACUAAUUUCAGAGUAGUGUAGUAGUAACAGUGAACAAAAAAUUGAAUCAAUUGUUAUGGAAGGACAAUCAUUUUUUCAGUCACGUUUUCGCAAAUAAGAUAAAAAAAAAUAAAUAAUGCUAAAAAAAAUUGUUUUUCCUUUUUCUAGAAUUAAAGUCCAGAUUUCAUCAUGAGAGGGGCAUUUUUAUUUACCAUUUACCUAUCAGCCUUAGUGGCCCUAGUCACAAUAACCGAAGGAAAACAUGUUUCCCCGACGAAUGAGGAAGGAACAAAAGAUCAUGCCCUCCACACUCACGAACACGAAUCUCACUAUCACGAAUCUGGCGUUGGAGAAGAAGAAGGCUCGUUAGAUUGGGGAAGUGGCAGUGGUUCAGGUUCUGGUAGGAAUUUAAAUUUACUUCAAUAAUGUUGAAAAAGUUGUAAUUGGGAGAGGCCCCUUUUACAUGACCUUAAAUUUGGCACGUUAAACAUACUAGCUAGGUUCACAUUCGCCUCCUUAUCAAAAUAGAUUUGGUUCCCAAAGUAUCUACUGUAGAACAGCCCUUACUCCUGGGUAACUCCGACCGAUUCCGAAAAAGGACUCUCAAGAAAAUAAAAAACUACAUCAUCUCAGUGAGGUGUUGGUGACGGUAAAAUGACACCACAUGUAAUGGGGCGUGACCGACCUGUUGGAAAAAGUUACCAAUUCAUGGUGUCUUUUCGUAAUCUUAUUCAAUACAAUCACCCUAUAUUACAUCCACUUUUCUAAGCUGAACAGAAAAAUCUCGGUUGAGCGUCCAAACGCCUUUCCCUUUCGAAUGUCAAAUUAUAGUCUUGAUGGCAGUAGUGGUGAUUUAACGACAUUUCUUUUGUCAUUCGCUUAACAGGAAGAAAGGACGCAUCCGUCGGAUAUCCCGGCGGGGGAUACCCAUCUCCGUAUCCAUCACCAUAUCCCUCCCCGUAUCCUUCUCCCUACCCCUCUCCGUAUCCAUCACCAUAUCCCUCCCCGUAUCCUUCUCCUUACCCCUCCCCGUAUCCAUCACCAUAUCCCUCUCCGCACCCAUCACCAUAUCCCUCUCCGUACCCAUCGCCAUAUCCCUCCCCGUAUCCUUCUCCGUACCCCAUGCCUUAUCCCGCUCCAUACCCUUACCCCGCUCGCUACCCUCCCCCUAGUCCAAGUGAGGAGGAAGAAGAAGAAGAAGAAGAAGAAGAAGAAGAAGAGGAGGAGGAGGAGAAUGAUAAACCCAGACAUAAGAAACCCAAUAAUGAUCGAAAGAAAAUAGAACAUUGA